GGAAAGGGGAGGAAAGGUUACUUUUCUGCAGAGCAGCUUGAAACAAAGUAGCAGGCAGCAGCAGUGGCUUGGAUGGCAGGCUUGACCUCAGAGAUAAGGUUCCUGGUCCCCUGGGGCCACAUUGCUGCCAAGGCGUGGGGGCCUCCCCAAGGCCGACCCGUGCUCUGUUUGCAUGGUUGGCUGGACAAUGCCAACACUUUCAACAAACUAAUCCCCUUACUCCCAAAAGACUGCUCUUAUAUAGCAAUAGACCUUGCAGGACAUGGCCUGUCCUCCCACCGGCCAGCUGGGUAUCCAUACCACCUGAAAGACUAUGUGAGUGAUGUGCGCAGAGCCGCUGCAGCACUGAAGUGGAAUCGAUUUAGCUUGAUGGGUCACAGUAUGGGUGGAACCGUUGCAUGCAUGUUCUCAUGUGUUUUCCCUGAAAUGGUGGACAAGUUGAUCCUGGUGGAGUCAUCUGGUCUUUUCCCAGCACCUCAGGGUUAUAUGAGAGGCCCAGAAGUAUUCAGGAAAAAGAAAGCAGGCUCUCAGUCCAUCACUACAGAUGCCCUAGCACAUUUAGAGGAAUGGGAGAAAUUGUUAAUUGGCAGCCGCACAGUCAUUGAGACUCUGAUGGAUGUUGAGGCGAAGCAGCACCAAGCCCCCAAAGUAUAUAACUCUGAAGAGGCCCUUCAAAGGUUGCUCAAGGCAAACAUUCACCUAACGGAAGAAAGUGGGAAGAUAUUGCUGGAACGAGGGGCUACUAAAGUGCCAGGAGGCUUGGUUUAUAACAGAGACACAAGAGUCCUCACGCACACCUCCUCUUCUGCACCUAUAGAAUUCCAGGUGAACUAUGUGAAAAAAAUACAGGCUGAUGUAUUGAUGAUCAUAGCACAAGGCGGGAUGUUUCUAAAAGAACCCAUCUACUCUGACAAUUUGGCAAUUCUUCAGGAAGCAUUCAGGGCCUCACGGAAACAGUAUUUUCAGUUUGUUGAAGUUCCUGGGAAUCACUUCGUCCAUCUCAAUGAGCCCGAAUUUGUGGCUAAGAUAAUCAGCAACUUUGAAAAUAAGAAUAAAAGUCCCAAAUCAAAUUUAUAAUCAGGAUUGUCUUCAGAGCAGGGGGUAACUUUUCAUGAAUUUCCCUUGGAAUGUUGCUUCAUCACACCGAGGACCGCAAAAUAUAGCCUCAUGAUUAUCAUAAGCCCCUCAUAAUGCCCCAGGAAGAUAUAUGGGAAUGUUUCUUCAUCCCUGUUCACAAAAUUAGACCUCUUCCUGGGGCUCUCAUUGAAAUUACCAUGUCUCAUGAACACCUGUUUGGCUGCUGGACUGGCACCCUUUGUACUGUAUUAACCAGCUGUGAGAUAUCAAGACCCAUCUCAGCCCAUUAUCGCUUGCCUCACUGCAUUCCUUUCUGAUCGCGCCUCUCUCCUGGGUGGAUCAAUAAAUGGACAAUAAAAGUCACCAGUGAUGACUUCAGAUGGAACCCUGGGCCAACCAGGGAGUGGAUCCUAGCUGGGACCUUUCUGCACCAACCAGAAGCCAAUGCAGCAGACUUGAAUACCUGUCAAAAUACUAUAAAUAAAAUGUAUGUUCGCAA